AUGGAUCUACCAGGUGCUGCUGAGGGCAGUAAUGAUGCCGAUACAUUGAAAAUCCAGUCACCAUCCGCCGAAUCUUCGUCCCGCCUCGCCGCAGACGAUUCCUCCCGCGACCAGCCUGAGGACGACCGCGAUUCACGGGAGCAGGACGAGUCCGCGGAUGAUAAUGAGGGUAAUGAGGGAGACGAGGAGAAUGAGGAGGAAGAGGAAGAGGAGGAGGAAGAUGAGGAACCUCGAUUGAAGUACGUUUACUUGACCAAGUGUCUACCGUCUCUAUAUCGCGGAGGAGAUGCAACAAGUACGCUUCUAGUUGGAGGAGAUAAGAUGAUUGUCGGUACACAUAACGGUAACAUUCAUGUUGUAUCGUUACCGACGCUCAAAGCUCUUCGUGUUUAUACCGCACAUUCUGCAAGCGUGACUUCUGUUUCGAUAUCGCCGCUAUUAUUGUCUCAUACUAUAACACGACACAAUCUGAUUAACAGAUCUUUCGAGGAAGAUGACGUCCCAUCUCCGAAUGCGUCUCUACGAUCGAAGGGCAAGCCUGCACACGCAGCCGGACUUCCACCAACGGCCCUGAACUCUAUACAUAUAGCUACCUCAUCCAUUGACGGAAACGUCUGCGUGUAUUCGUUACUGGAUCCGAAGGAUGUCCUUCUCCGAAACUUCGGCCGACCUGUCCAAGCUGUGGCAUUGUCCCCAGAGUACAAGAGUGACCGACAAUAUCUUUCAGGAGGGCGUGCUGGACAGCUGAUUCUUACUGUCGGAGGCCGGCCAGGUACAACAGAAAAGUCUACAACAUUAAACGGCGCGGCUUCAGCAGCUGGGUGGCUAGGAUCGUUGGGCUUAGGUGCCAAUUCCGGAAAAGAUACCGUUUUACAUAGUGGUGAAGGAGCAAUCAACACCAUAAAAUGGUCACUUUCCGGAAAAUAUGUGGCUUGGGUCAAUGAAGAAGGCAUUAAAAUCAUGCGAUCGAAUCUACAUCUGGAGGCAGCCGACGCAGAAUUUGCAUGGACAAGGAUAAGACACAUAGACAGACCGAAUCGACCGCAGUGGGAAGAAAUGGCCAGUGUUUGGAAAGCGCACGCCGAAUGGGUUGAUAUGAAAGCCUUUGAGAUCUCCGAAAAUAGCGACGCCGAGUCUAUCUCAAGACAGCAAAGUGCUAGUGGAGUAUCAGAAGUCGAGAAACUUGUAGUAGGCUGGGGCGGCACGAUCUGGGUUAUCAACGUAUACCCAGAUCGCACGUCACCUCCUGGAACACGAGCAGGGAAUCGAAAACUCGGAGACGCCGAGGUGGUCACAAUUCUACGAACCGACUCCAUCAUUUCAGGUGUCGCCAUGUACAGUCCAAGACUUCUACUUGUUUUAGCAUACCUCGAAAGCGACAAUAGUGAUCUUGAGGAGCAACCACAGAGUAGUCGUCGACAUAAAGCAGCUGAACCUGAACUUCGCCUUAUAGAUCUCGAAACCCAGGAGGAAGUCAGUGCUGAUACGCUCUCAAUUACUCGGUAUCAAAACCUUGCUUCAUCCGAUUAUCAUAUGAGCAUUCUGAGACCUCCCCGCUUAACAGCAGCCACUGUACAGCGCGGUGCUUUGGGCACUUUAGGCACCGGUCUUCUGGACGCAACGCUAUAUCCAGCUAGACUUUUCGCAUCAAGUGCUAGUGUAAGAAGCAACGGAAGCAAUGGCGAUAGAGGCUCUGAAAGAGUUGCUGGGUCGUUCAUCUCUGGCUCCAUUUCGGGAGUUUCCACAAUUCCGAAAGAGAUUCAGACUCUCUCAGCGGCUAAAGGCCUCAAGGUCUUUGUUCAUAGUCCAUAUGACUGCAUCGCAGCCAUGUCAAGAGAUUUAACGGAUCGUCUUGCGUGGCUGGAAUCACACCAAAAGUACGAAGAAGCGUGGGCUCUCAUCGAUCAGAAUCCGGGUGUUCUAAAUCCCCCAGCUGAACAACAAACCGAAGCUUUUGUGAGAUCUCAGACCAGCCUGGCGGAUUUCUUUGCCGAUGACAGUUCUUCGGUCGUGACAGCAGGUCAACCAUUGAGUGCGACUGUUAGAAAUGAAAAAAGCCGUAUUGGAGAACUUUGGAUUGAGCAGCACAUACAAAACAAUGGGUGGGUUACUGCUGGAGAAAUCUGCGCUAAAGUUCUCGACGUCCCAGAUAGGUGGGAGCACUGGAUCUGGAAAUUUGUUGAAGCCGGGAAGUAUGACGAAGUCGCCCAGUAUAUUCCGAUAAAUACCCGACCUCCUCUUUCAUCAGCUAUCUUCGAUGCUUUCCUCGAACAUUAUGUGUCCCAUAAUCGUCAGACGUUCGAACAUUUGCUAUCUCAAUGGCCGCCAGAACUUUUUGAUAUUACGAAAGCAAUCUCUACCAUUGAAGACUGCUUAGAGUCGGAGAGAAUACCAGCUGAUUCGAACGAUUGGCGGAUUUUAAUGGGGAGCCUUGGAAAGCUGUUCCUGGCUAAUGGGCAGCACCGGGAAGCUUUGCGGUGUUACAUCCGGCUACAAGAUGCUGAGGAAGCCCUUCGUCUUAUAAGUGAAUAUCGUUUGGCAGAUGCUAUUUCUGACGAUGUUCUUAACUUCAUACUUCUUCGCGUUUCAAAAUAUCAGUGGGCGAAAGCUCCGAUCUCUGAAUUGGAGCAAGUGACUGCAGAAUCUAUUAGUAUCCUAGUCAGAGAAGCAUACAACGGUAUUGUUCGCCCAGGAACGGUUGUUUCACAAUUGUACACCUCAUCUGGGCGCCUAUACCUUUUCUUCUAUCUUCGCGCACUGUGGAAAGGUGAAUCUCACCCAUCAAAAGCGGAAGCAAAGCCUCAGCUCCGUGGACGCGGUCGCCAUGCCAGAGACGCAGCCGAAAAGCUUGCCGCGGAUGAAGGCAAAAGUCUUGUUGAACCAUUCGCAGACAUUACGUUGGAUCUUUUUGCCGACUAUGAUAGGCAACUGCUCAUGGAUUUUCUGCAAGCGAGUACAGCUUACUCGUUCGGUGAGGCUUGCAGGAUCUGCGAAGAGAAGCACUACACGUCAGAACUUAUAUACCUUCUGUCUAAGACUGGGCAAACAAAGCGAGCUCUUAACCUCAUACUUUCUGACUUGAACGAUGUCUCUCAAGCAAUCAACUUUGCGAAGUCGCAAGACGAUCCUGACCUAUGGGAGGAUCUGCUCAGUUAUUCAAUGGACAAGCCCGCCUUCAUACAUGCCUUGCUUACCGAAGCUGGCACAUCUAUUGACCCAAUCAAACUCGUCAGGCGUAUUCCGAGUGGUUUGGAGAUCGAAGGGCUCCGGGAUGGACUUACUAGAUUACUUCGAGAUCACGACAUCCAGGCUAGUAUCAGUCAAGGGGCAGCGAAGGUGCUUCAGGGUGAAGUUGCUAUCGGAAUGGAUGCUUUAAGGCGAGGCCAACGGCGUGGAAUCAAGUUUGAUGUUCACAAGCAAUCUAAUGAUGAAAAUGAGCCAGAAAUGACAGCUGACACUGAAGAUUCUGGCGAAGUUGCGCAUGAAUCUGAGAACGAUGAGGGUCUUUCAAGUACAACUGGCCAGUCUAGCAGGUUUCAUCGUGUUGCACCCGGUCAAUGCGGAGGCUGCUUGCAGGCCUUUCAUGAGAAUGAGAAGGAAAUAUUAGUGGGAUUCGCAUGCGGCCAUGUGUUCCACCUGUCUCACGUUCAAGAACCGGCUCACACCCAUGAUAACGAAUCGACGAAUAUCAACGAGACAACACCUACACCUCCGGCGGAAGAUGAUAUUGAGGACUCUCAACUUUAUACGACGUCUCGCACAGUUGGACCCAAGGUCAUUACUGCUCGACUAAUACGAGAUAAAAUUGGAGAUGGAUGUAGGAUAUGCGCAUUGAAUAGGCAAGUAGCUAACGCAGCAGCUCCUGAAAACACGUAGCCUAUGAGUCUAUUCACCGAAAUUGAUCAUGCUUCGUUUGAUUCGCGAUGAGAUUAUUUUUGGCUUGCAAUCUACAUCAUGCGUUUGUUACCCGUUUCGUUUCGUUGCACUGAUACCCAUUCUACACAAGUCGCAGAAGGAGUAAUUCUGUAUUUUACUUUUAUGCAUAUUACAAUCCACUCUGGAGGAGUCUUCAAUGUUGUUGCGAUAUUACCACAAUGAACAGAUUUGUACAUUUAUGACACUGGGACGUUUCACAGGAGGUAUGACAGCUCAGCCCUAAUCAGAUCUCCGGAUCUCGAUAAGCAUUCCGAUUCGCCCCGCACAGUCCAUGAGCAAGGUACGAAUCCUGCUUGAGAUAAGAAUCGUUCCAUUCGAAUAACGAGAUAUAACAAUCCGUUCCCUUGCACUUUGAUU